AUGCCUCCCCCCAAAUCCCCACAAACGCAGGAUGCUAUUGACAAGGGCUGGCUGCGCGGCAGCCCUGCCUGCUGCGACGGGGAUGCCGACCUGUUGGCCGUGCUGACGACUGCGAGGGAGAUCGCUGCCGCCAUGUCGUACCUCCACGACCUGGACAUCGUCCACGGGGACCUCUCAUCGUUCAACGUGCUGCUCACCAGCGCGAGCACAGAGGCCGCGCGCGCGUCCCGCGGCUUCAGCGCCAAGGUGUCUGACUUCGGAUUGUCGCGCUGCCUGGAUCAGAAGGGUCGCGUGGAGAGGGCCACCUGCGGCACCAUCACGCAUAUGGCGCCGGAGGUGCUGGAGAGGGGCGAGCUUUCAAAGGCUGCAGACGUCUACUCCUUUGGGGUGGUGCUCUGGCAGAUGUGCGCCGGCCGCCGCGCCUGGGCGGGCCUGACCCACGCCGCCAUCGUCAAGGCCGUCUGCGCCGAGGGCCGCCGCCUGGAGUUUGGCCCCGAGACGCACGAGGGCGUCGCCCUGCUGGCCCAGGCCUGCAUGGCGCGGGACCCCCAGGAGCGCCCCUCCUUCAGGGAGGUGCUGGAAGUCCUGGAGCCACUAGGGGCCGCCCUGGUCAGCAGCGCGGCCCACCUCCACCUGAGCGUUUCCAGCGGCCGCGGCCGCGUCACAAGCGGCGGCGGCGGCGGGGCCGGGGACGCGGCGGCGGCGGGGGCGGGGGCGGUCAUGGGUGAGGAGCUCCACCAUUGGGGGCUGGCCCCCCUGAAAUGA